AUUCAAGGAAAGCAAAAAAAGGAUAUUGGUGGACUAACUCAACGAACUAUCCUUCCAACUGCGUUUCAUGAUGACCAUGAGAGACUGUCCAGGCUCUGCCUCCUGCACCAUGAGCGCUGCCUGCACUGACUAAGCCAUCCCCAGGACCCCCGGCGGGCAGCAGAGGACUUGGAUUCACGGAGAGCCGAAAUGACCAUGACUGCCAACAAGAAUGCCAGCAUCACCCACGGAGCUGGAGGCACUAAGACACCUCGGGAGACCCUGGGCCGGUCUCAGUCAGUUUCUCCCCCUCCAGUGCUCUCUCCCCCAAGAAGCCCUUCCUGCCCUCUCAGCCACAGUGAAAACCCAGCCAGCAGUUCCCCCCCUGGCCCUGGCUCCCAACUACUCCUCAAGGACUGGAGCCCCCAGGCCGCCUCGCCCGACAGCCCCCCUGAGCCGCCCCUGGACAGCCAACCCUCUAGCCAGCCGGUUGAGGCUGCUAGCGUGGGCUGCUUGGACGAUAAACUCCCGGUGUCCAAGGGAGAGGACCACAAGGAGAGCCUUCAGUGGGAGGCCCAGAAUGGGGAGGAGGUAGCCGGCCACCCGCCCCUCGCCCACAGUCCGCCGUCCCUGGGUCCCUCGGCCUGUCUGCGGAGCAUCCCGCGGGGCCGCCCCGGCACCCGCAGCCUGGGUAUCCGGGAGAAGAUCUCAGCAUGGGAAGGCCGCCGAGAGGCCUCGCCCAGGAUGAAUGUUUUUGGGGAGAAGAGGGAGGGCUCCAGGGGCGACCGGGCAGCCAGUGAGGGCUGCCCCAGCGUGUUGCCCUCCCCGUGCAGCUCAGAGAAGACCUUUGACUUCAAGGGCCUCCGGAGGAUGAGCAGGACCUUCUCAGAGUGCUCGUACCCCGAGACGGAGGAGGAGGGGGAGGCCCUCCCCGACCGGCUGGACAAACGGCCGAGCCGCAAUGAUUCCGCCGCCUUCCUCAAGGGCCACAACCGGAAGGAGAGCUCGGCCGUGCUGAGCCGGAUCCAGAAAAUCGAGCAGGCCCUGAAGGACCAGCCGGGCCGGGGGCUCCCCCAGCUUCCCAGCAGCUGCUACAGCUUGGACCGAGGAAGGAGAAAGACGACGACUCUGAGCACUCUGGGCACCUUGGACGAGUUGGCGGGGAGCGCCGGCGUGGGCGGCCGAGGAGGGGGUGCUCUGGUGGUCAGGGGUGAGGCGGGCCCGCCCCCAGACAGCGAGGGCCGUGGCCUUAGCAAACUGGAGCCCCCCCGAAGCAGUCCCACCCCCAGGGGGCUCCCCGAGAGCCCCCCAGACCCAGACGUGAACCCCGUCCCCAAACCCAAACGCACCUUUGAGUAUGAGGCUGACAAAACCCCCAAGAGUAAGCCGAGCAAUGGUCUACCUCCGUCCCCCACACCUGCUGCUCCCCCACCUCUGCCCUCCACCCCGGCCCCUCCAGUCACCAGAAGACCCAAGAAGGACUCGCGCUUCCACCGCAAGUCCCAGAGCAGAAAAUCCUUUGAAUUUGAGGAUGCGUCCAGUCUCCAGUCCCUGUACCCCUCCUCCCCCACCGAGAAUGGUACUGAGAGCCAGCACAAAUUUGGAUCCAAGAGCACUUUAGAAGAGAAUGCCUAUGAAGAUAUUGUGGGAGAUAUGCCCAAGGAGAAUCCUUAUGAGGAUGUGGACCUGAAGGGCCGGCGGACAGGCCGAAAAUCCCAGCAGCUGUCUGAGAACUCCCUAGACUCUUUGCACAGGAUGUGGACCCCCCAGGACAGGAAGUACAACAACCCGCCCCCCCAGCUCUCCCUGAAAUCCGGCACCCAGUCUUUGCGCGUCACGAAUUGGUCCGAGAGGAAGGGCCACCGGUUGCCACGGUUACCCAAGAGGCAUAGCCAUGACGAUAUGCUGCUGUUGGCCCAGCUGAGCUUGCCUUCCUCACCCUCCAGCCUCAACGAGGACAGCCUCAGCACCACCAGCGAACUGCUCUCGAGCCGCCGUGCCCGCCGAAUCCCUAAGCUCGUUCAAAGGAUCAAUUCCAUCUAUAACGCCAAGAGGGGCAAGAAGAGGUUAAAGAAGCUGUCGAUGUCUAGCAUUGAGACGGCAUCACUAAGAGAUGAGAACAGUGAGAGCGAGAGCGAUUCUGACGACCGAUUUAAAGCUCACACCCAGCGCCUGGUCCACAUUCAGUCCAUGCUGAAGCGGGCACCCAGCUACCGGACACUAGAGCUGGAAUUGAUUGAAUGGCAGGAGCGAGAGCUAUUUGAGUACUUUGUGGUGGUGUCUCUGAAGAAGAAGCCAUCCAGAAACACCUACCUCCCCGAGGUCUCCUACCAGUUCCCCAAGCUGGACAGACCUACCAAGCAGAUGCGGGAGGCCGAGGAGAGGCUCAAAGCCAUCCCCCAGUUCUGCUUCCCUGAUGCCAAGGAUUGGUUUCCUGUUUCUGAUUAUAGCAGUGAAACCUUCUCUUUCAUGCUCACGGGAGAAGAUGGCAGCCGCCGCUUUGGCUACUGCAGGCGGUUACUGCCGAGUGGAAAAGGGCCUCGCCUCCCCGAGGUGUACUGUGUCAUCAGCCGCCUUGGCUGCUUUGGCCUGUUUUCCAAGGUAAGAUGGGAUCCCCAGGGCAGAGUCGGGGAGCCCCUCCUGAGGGUCCUCCUGGACUCCCUUUUUUUCCAGCCCUUGUCCUAUGUGCACACAGCUCACCCUCUCCCUCCUUGUGGCUCUCUGUAGGUAUUGGAGCUGCGGCGCCCUAUGGACUCACGCUUGGAGCAUGUAGACUUUGAGUGUCUGUUCACCUGCCUCAGCGUCCGCCAACUCAUCCGUAUAUUUGCCUCACUGUUACUGGAACGGCGUGUCAUCUUCGUUGCCGACAAGCUCAGCACCCUGUCCAGCUGUUCCCAUGCCGUGGUCGCCCUGCUCUACCCUUUCUCCUGGCAGCAUACCUUCAUCCCUGUGCUCCCAGCAUCUAUGAUUGACAUUGUCUGUUGUCCCACUCCUUUUCUGGUUGGUCUGCUCUCCAGUUCCCUCCCCAAAUUGAAGGAGCUGCCUGUGGAAGAGGCCCUGAUGGUGAAUCUAGGAUCUGAUCGGUUCAUACGACAGAUGGAUGAUGAGGACACCCUGUUGCCUAGGAAGUUACAGGCGGCUCUGGAGCAGGCUCUGGAGAGAAAGAAUGAAUUAAUCUCCCAGGACUCUGAUAGUGACUCUGACGAUGAGUGUAAUACCCUUAAUGGGCUGGUAUCUGAGGUGUUUAUUCGGUUUUUUGUGGAGACCAUUGGACACUACUCUCUGUUCCUAACUCAGAAUGAGAAGGGUGAAAGAGCCUUCCAGCGGGAGGCCUUUCGAAAAUCUGUAGCCUCGAAGAGCAUCCGCCGCUUCCUGGAGGUUUUCAUGGAGUCCCAGAUGUUUGCUGGCUUCAUCCAGGACAGAGAGCUGAGAAAAUGUCGGGCCAAGGGCCUGUUUGAGCAACGAGUGGAGCAGUAUUUAGAGGAACUCCCUGACACUGAGCAGAGUGGGAUGAAUAAGUUUCUUCGAGGCCUGGGCAACAAAAUGAAGUUCCUUCACAAGAAGAAUUAGACCUCUUCCCUGCCACUGAGAGACUAUUUAUCAGAUUGUGCAGAGAGCCCAGUGUCCACGGAGCCAGGGCAGCAAAAGUGGGGUCUCCCUUCCCCGCUGCUGGCACAGAGUUCCUGCCUCUUCCCCGCACCCACUGACCACAGCUGCGAAGCCCCAUCCACGGCCAGGAUGUCCCAGGAUGCGUGUUUGUAAAUAAUCUGCUGCAAGCUUUCGGAACUGGUUUUGUAAUGAGCAAGGAGAAUGGUGUUAAGUAUUUGUAUAUUCCCGGGAGGACCAUGCCAUAGCAUGGAUCGAGUCUGCUUGGUGCCAACGAUUGGCCACUUAUGUGCAACUGACUGUCUCAGCCAAACCACUGACCUUUCCCUCAGAGGAGUCUGUCCCCCGGCCCAGACCUGUGGCAGAGGGACUUGGAUGCCUGAGGCCCCUGUUCCCAGUCUUGGGCCUUGGAGGGCAGGGAAGUCAUUUCAUUGGUGCAAAAGGACUGGUUUUUAUCUUACAGAGUUUCUAUUUUUCUCUAGUUUUCUUUCUAUCUCAUUUGGAAACAAGAAGGCCAGCCAGGCCACAUUUGCAGCAAGGUACUUGGCUCCUAGACACUCACGUCCGUGUCCCCAACUCUCCUCCAUUCCAAGUGAUGAUGAGCAGUGAGCUGCUGGGAGCCCCGACCCCUCCACAUUAGGACUGCAGGACACCCACUGGCCCCUGUUUGCCCUGCCCUCUGACCAGCAGCAGUGGCAAUUUGGUACAGUGUGUCCAUUCUCCCGGUGUACGGGUGUUCCCAAUAAAUGGUGUACAGUUGUCUGGG